CUGAUAUAAUUAUAUUUUUCUUUACUGUAUAGUUACCUUUGCUACUCGAAAUUAUCUGGUGAAAAUUUAUUUUAAUUAUGGUAAUAUUACUUGAAAAAAAUAUUGAACACUUUUUGCGAGUUGGGUAACUUUUCAAAACAGUCUAUCGUGAACAAUCAAAUGUGAGCUGCAUCUUGAAAUCAGCUGAUCGACUGCUUUUAAAAUUGAAAUUUAGCCGAUUUCAAAAAGUUGUUUUGUUACCAUCAAUAAUAAUUAUACAGUGUUAAUUGUGAAGUUUAUUUUCGUUUACAAAUAAUAAUCGAUUUCUACUAACGUGUCACAAAAAGAUUUAUACACCGGGGAAAUUGUUAAAAACAAAAGGACUGAAAUGGACGAUGAAAAUGUAGACGAUUCAUUUGAUGAUGUGCUAGCAACCAUCGAAAUUCCCAGAGAACCUAAAGUAUCGAGAAUCGAGAAAACACAAAACGCCUCAAGUAGUACCACAGCAAAUGGCGAAACGGCAAAAAUUGUUGCUCCCCCGCCAGCGGCUCUGCCAAAAACUGCAUCCAAUCCACAUUGUAUACUAGUAAAUCCAAAACAGCGUGGUAAUCCAGUACUUAAGUCCAUCGUCAAUGUUCCAAUCGAGUUUCGAGAUGAUAUAAUACCAGAUUAUGUGGUGGGACGCACUUCAUGUAUACUUUAUAUAUCUCUAAAAUAUCACACACUAAAUCCAGACUAUAUAUGCCAACGGCUCAAAGAGUUGGGCAAACAAUAUGAAUUACGCGUACUCUUGGUUCAUAUUGAUGCACCGGAACCCCAUUCUGCUUUGAAAAAUCUCACUCGAAUUACACUCUUGACGGAUUUAACGCUAAUGCUGGCAUGGAGUGCGGAAGAAGCAGGUAAAAUUAUUGAGACUUACAAGCAAUUCGAGAAACGUUCACCAGAGUGGAUAAUGGAACGCGUUGAAUCGAGCCCACACCAAAAGCUAGUUUCAGCGCUAACAAACAUUAAGCCCGUGAACAAAACUGAUGCGGUAACGCUCCUACAGAAUUUCGGCAAACUAGAAAAUCUUAUCAAUGCUAGUGAAGAACGAUUAUCGCUUGUGAUUGGUUUAGGACCAAGAAAAGCUUCGAAGCUGUACAAAACUUUGCACGAACCUUUUCUAACAAAGUAGUUUCUUUUCAUUAAAGUACAUAGGUACAUAAGUUUAUUUUUUAUAAAAUGAAAUAAAGCACAGCUAAGUAGUUAUUAGCUAUUGAAUUUUUACCUAUCUA